AUGUACGACCUCGUCAUUUACGGUGCCUCAGGCUUCACCGGCUCACGCAUUGCCCACCAGGCCGUCCGCAUCCUCGGGGCCAAGGUCUCGCUCGCCCUCGCCGGGCGGACGCAGGCCAAGCUCGAGGCCGUCAAGCGCGAGCUGUGCCACGCGUUCCCGGACCUCGCUCCGGCCCUCGCUUCCAAGGUCGGCAUCAUCAUUGCGUCGACCGCCGACGUCGACUCGCUCGCCGCCAUGGCUGGCGUAGGCAAGGUUGUCGUCAACGCUGUCGGCCCGUUCCGCAUGCACGGCGAGCCCGUCGUCGCCGCCUGCGCGGCCGCCGGCACCGACUACGUCGACGUCUCGGGCGAGCCCGAGUUCAUCGAGACCAUGGCAGCUCGCUACGACGAUGCCGCCAAGGCCUCCGGUGCUCUCAUUGUCUCGGCAUGCGGUAUGGACUCCAUUCCCUGCGACAUGGGCGUUGUCCACGCCGCCCAGCUCGCUGCUGCCGAGGGCCUCGUUCCGACCGCCAUCGAGGCCUACCUCUCUGUCUCCACCGCCGCCGUCCCCGGCGUAGGCUCGGUUGUCAUCAACGCUGGCACGUGGGACUCGCUCAUCUACUCGUUUGCCAACGUUGCUGCUCUUCGUGCCCUCCGCCGCGCACACCCGAUGCCACGCCUCGAGUUUGAUGCACGUCGCAGCACCUCGUUUCCGCGCCGCGGCAAGACGUUCACCCCGCCCGCCGACGUCGGCGCCGCCUACGCGGUUCCUUUUAUGGGCGCCGAUGCCUCGGUUGUUCGCCGCUCGCAGGCUGCCCGCCAGGCCGCUGGCGAUAAGCCUGUCCGCUUUGGCGUCUUCCUCACCCUGCCCUCACUCAAGGCUCUCAUCAUGUACAUGGCGUGGGGCUUUGUCUUUGGCAUUUUUGCCUCCUUCCGCCUUGGUCGCUCUUUCCUUCUGCGCUUCCCAUUCCUCUGCUCGCUGGGCAAGGUCUCGCGCGACGGUCCCAACGCUGUCACUCGCGCUGCCACCACCCUCUCGCUCAACAUGGUUACCAAGGCUGUGCCUGCUGAUGCUGCCGAUCCGGCCUCCACCGAUGCUCCGCCGGUCGCCACUCUCCACACCCGCAUCGAAAUCAACGACCCGGGCUACGACGGGACUGCUGCAUGUGUUGUCCAGUGUGCCGCAACCAUGCUUGAGGAGCGCACAGCACUCCCGCCCGGCGGCGUCACCACCUCUGCCGCCGCCUUUGCCGGCUCCAAGCUCCUCGACCGUCUCGCCGACUCGCCCAUCACCUUUACUCGCGUCGCGGCGACGUCAUCUUCCUAGUGUGGAUGGAGUCGGACUCGCGGCUUGUCGUUGCAUCCGAACCGGAGCUUGCAGUACGUGCCCGCAAGGACUACAGCGCUCACGCCCCAGCACACAAACAUGAUGUAAACCUCCUUGACCAGAUGCG